CUUUCCUUCCACCGCCUCUCACACAAUAACUUACACCACCGCCUUGCCCGCGACGCUUUGAGUAAACAGUCGCCAUGGGUUCGGGAAAGAAGGAAGCCGCCCGCAAGGAGCGGCAGGGCAAGACCGGCGAUGGCAUGGCCAACGUCAAGACGAAGGGCGAGAACUUCUACCGUAGCGCGAAGCGGGUCAAGACGCUGAACAUGUACAAGGAGGGCAAGGCUGUGCGCAACGCCAAAGGAGACAUUGUGCAGGCUGCUUCGUAUCAGAGCAAAGAAAAGCCCAGCGCGCGAGUCGAGCCGAACAGGAAAUGGUUUACCAACACUCGAGUGAUCUCUCAAGAUGCGCUUGACAAAUUCCGUGGGGCGGUAGAGGCACAGAGUAAAGACCCAUACAGCUACUUGCUGAAACAGAACAAGCUUCCAAUGAGCUUGAUCAACGACAACAAGGACAAAGAACGAAAAGACGGUCUCAUACAACACAAGGCCAAGAUUCGGAUAGAGAGCGAAAAGUUCGGCGACACAUUUGGGCCCAAGGCGCAGCGAAAACGACCUCGACUGGCGGUCUCGAAUAUCGAAGAUCUCGCAAAUGCAUCUGGUAAAGACUUUGAUACCUACGAACAACGGUUAGAAGAGGCCCGCUUGUUGUCAGGCGCAGGAGAUGUGGAAGCCGAUACCGGGUUUACUGGUGGCGAAGACUACAAGAACGGCGAGCUCACAACAGCAAAAGAACCCGUCUUUUCAAAAGGCCAGAGCAAACGAAUAUGGAACGAACUGUACAAGGUCAUCGACAGCUCAGACGUGAUCAUCCAUGUGAUCGACUGUCGAGAUCCAGAAGGCACUCGGUGUCGCAGUGUGGAAAAGUACAUGAGAGAAGAGGCACCUCACAAGCACUUGGUGUUCCUUCUCAACAAGUGCGAUCUGGUGCCAACCACAGUCGCGGCCAAAUGGGUAAAGAUCCUUUCCCGCGAAUACCCAACUCUUGCUUUCCACGCCAGCAUGACAAACUCAUUUGGCAAAGGCUCCUUGAUUUCUCUACUCCGGCAAUUUUCUUCGCUCCACAGCUCCCGCAAACAAAUAUCCGUGGGUUUCAUCGGCUAUCCCAACACAGGGAAAUCCUCCAUCAUCAACACACUUCGCAAGAAGAAGGUCUGCACCACAGCGCCUAUCCCCGGAGAGACCAAGGUCUGGCAAUACAUCACUCUUAUGAAGCGUAUCUACCUUAUCGAUUGUCCCGGAAUCGUGCCACCCAGCAUUACCGACACACCCGAAGACAUCCUCCUCCGAGGCGUUGUUCGCGUGGAAAACGUUGAAAAUCCAGCACAAUAUAUUCCUGCCGUCCUCGGCCGCUGCAAACGACAUCAUCUCGAACGAACAUACCAGAUCAAGAACUGGACCGAAGACUCCCGGCCCUUUGAAGAGAAAUCCGAGAAGGAGCGAGUGACUGAAUCGAUUGAGUUCCUGGAAAUGCUCGCGCGAAAAGGCGGGCGAUUAUUGAAAGGAGGUGAGGCUGAUAUGGAUGGUGUGGCAAAGAUGGUGUUGAACGACUUCUUGAGAGGCAAGAUCCCUUGGUUCAGUGCGCCGCCCAAAGCAGAAGGUGAGGAGGCUUUGGAGAGCAAGAAGGAAGGGAGCAGGGACGAGAAGCUGGGCAUCACGCACAAGAGGAAGCUGGGUGAGAUGCAGGCGGAGCAGGAGGAUGAUGAGGAUGAAGACGAGGACGGUGAAGAUUUUGAGGGAUUCGAUGAGAAUGGGGAAGAGGAUGAAGGUGAGGAGAGCGCCGAUGAAGGUGGUGCAACAAUCCAUGCUGGAGACAGUGACAGCGAGGAACAUGAAGAUGAAGAUUCUCCCGAUUCAUGACGAAAGUAAUGAUACCCCAAAUGCAAUGCAGUAAUAGCAUGACCACGAUGGUCUGCGGUUUCCGUCGAAUUGUAUGUCUGAAGCUGCACUCUAUGUCUCUCAAGUGAGAUGGCAGCAUUAAGAACAUCUAAACCGUGUUCGCUGGUGCCCGUUCAUGUUGGGAAUCUAACUUCACCUGCUCAGCUGCCCGCCAAGCUGACCGUCGGCAUUACCUCGCUGAAACACA